CUGGGUAGAUGCAGCCUUGCUUACGAUCAGCCCAUCGAGGUCGCUCGAGCAUCGAAACUGCAUUGCUUAAUUGCUGCUUUUCUGUGCUGCGGAAGCACUCCGCAUUUGCUUACUGUACUCACGUCUCCUUCGACUUAACAUAUAAACUAGGCGCUGGACUCUGAAGCAGCACAUCGCAAAUCAUUUAAUUGAAUAGCACCUAUCAUGGCCUCAAGCGGCACAGCAACGCACAAGUUCAACCCUCACUUUACCCAGACGGUUAUCAAUGCCACGGGUCCCAAUGUCUCCCCGCGACUCCGCAAAAUCACAACCAGCUUCAUCCAGCACCUGCAUGACUUUGCGCGGGAGAAUGAAAUCACCGUAGAUGAAUGGAUGGCUGGCCUUGAGCUUAUGAACGAAGCAGGACGCAUGUCCAACGAUCGCCGCAAUGAAGGCCAACUCCUCUGCGACAUCUUCGGGCUGGAAUCGCUCGUCGACGAAAUCACAUACAAACUUGCGUCAGACGCGAAGGAUGAGCCUACCGCAACCGCCAUCCUGGGUCCGUUUUGGCGGAAAGACGCGCCCAUGAAGAAAAUGGGAGACACGAUUGUCUCGGGUAUUGAAUCUACGGACCGGACGUGGAUGCACGGAAUUGUCACCGACUUCACAACUGGCAAGCCAGUUGAAGGUGCAGUGCUAGAUGUCUGGCAUACAGCGCCGAAUGGGCUCUACGAGCAGCAGGACCCGAAUCAACCGGAUAUGAAUUUGCGGGGGAGGUUUACGACCGGGAAGGAUGGGAAGUAUAAUUUCUACUGUUUGAGGCCGGUUCCGUAUCCCAUUCCAUUUGAUGGGCCAGCGGGUAGGGUAAUCCAGGCGUUGGGUAGGCAUCCAUAUCGGCCGGCGCACAUACACUUUAUUCUCACGGCACCGGGCUACAAACCCAUAGUAACCCAGAUCUUCGACCGCAACAGCAAGUACAUCGAUGACGACGCUGUGUUCGCGGUUAAAGAUUCCCUCAUUGUGGACUUCAAGCCGUAUCAAGCGGAUCCGAAAGCGGAUUUCGAACUACCGUAUGACUUUAGGAUGGCAACUUUUGAGGAUGCGAAGAAGCAUUCAAUUGUGGGCUCGAAUGAAGAUGGUGCCUAGGAGAUGGUGCCUAGGAGCUGGUGCUAAGUAUGGGUAAGGCUGCUUUCCGGAAUACUUAUAAGGUAGUUGUAAAAGCAAUGAAGGAAGGCUGUAAGGCAGACUUCAUUAGAGAGAUACUGCCUGAUCUCGCUAGCGAUCCAAUGAG